CAUGCUUAAUUUUUCUUCGAACUUGGCCGCCCCGCAAAACGCCGCAACGGCCAAUUUCCCCAGCUUUGCAGACAACCGUGGCUGGCCUUUUGCUUCUCUUGUGUGACCGGGUCGACCGUCUUGCGAUGCAACGGUAACGGUUGCAGGUCGGGCUGGGCCAAUGGCAGCGUAUUGGCUAGGGGCACAAAGCUUACUGUGGAUGCGUCUGGUGGUGAAAGCGACAAGGGAUUGGCAGGGGCAAGGCAAACGGAAACGGGGGCAUGUGGGCUCGAGCUUGUACACUCUUGGUGUUUUCUUUAUCAGGGGCCCCGGACCGUGGCUUGUGGAAUUAAUAAAGGAGAUGAUCCACGCGACUCGUCCGCUCGUCUUCCCCCUUCCUCUCCCUCGUGUGUGUGUCUUCUUCCCCUCAACACCCCGCGCCUCCUCCCACCCACCCCGCAAAUCGUCAAGUAUAUCGAGAUGUCUGAGAAGGCCGACGAAACCGCCGUCAGCGGCCUGCAAACCAGCGGCCUGGAAACCACUGGCCUACGAACCACCGACGAUGUCGAACGCAUCGAGGCCCCCGUCACCUGGCAGGCGUACCUGAUCUGCGCCUUCGCCUCCUUCGGCGGUAUCUUCUUCGGUUACGAUUCCGGUUACAUCAACGGUGUCCUCGGGUCCAAGAUCUUCAUCCACGCCGUCGAGGGUCCUCUGGCCGACACCGUCUCCGAGUCUCACAGCUCGCUCAUCGUCUCCAUUCUCUCCUGCGGUACCUUCUUCGGUGCCAUCAUCGCCGGUGAUGCUGCCGACUUCAUCGGUCGCAAGUGGACCGUCAUCUUGGGCUGCCUCAUCUACAUGAUCGGUUGUGUCAUCCAGAUGAUCACCGGCGCUGGCGAUUCCCUUGGUGCCAUCGUGUCCGGUCGUCUUAUCGCUGGUAUCGGUGUCGGUUUCGAGUCUGCUAUCGUCAUCUUGUACAUGUCCGAGAUCUGCCCCCGAAAGGUUCGAGGUGCCCUCGUCGCCGGCUACCAGUUCUGCAUCACCAUUGGUAUCAUGCUCGCCUCGAUUGUCGUCUACGCCACCAAGAACCGCCCUGACACCGGCGCCUAUCGCAUCCCGAUUGCCAUCCAAUUCCCCUGGGCUCUUAUCCUCGGUGGUGGUUUGAUGCUGCUCCCCGACUCCCCAAGAUACUUCGUCAAGCGUGGCAAUCUUGCCGCCGCCACCGACUCCCUCUCCCGCCUGCGGGGCCAGCCCAAGGAAUCUGACUACAUCCAGGUCGAGCUUGCCGAGAUCGUUGCCAACGAGGAAUACGAGCGUCAGCUCAUUCCCUCCACCACCUGGUUCGGCAGCUGGGCCAAUUGCUUCAAGGGCGGUCUCUGGCAGAGCAAGUCCAACCUCCGCCGCACUAUCCUGGGUACCUCGCUUCAGAUGAUGCAGCAGUGGACUGGUGUCAACUUCAUCUUCUACUACUCGACCCCCUUCCUCCAGUCCACGGGCGCCAUUGAGAACACGUUCCUGAUCUCGCUUAUCUUCACACUCGUUAACGUCUGUUCGACGCCCCUCUCGUUCUGGACCGUCGAGCGCUUUGGCCGCCGUCCCCUGUUGGUGUGGGGCGCUCUCGCCAUGACCGUCUGCCAGUUCAUCGUGGCCAUUGUCGGCGUCACCGUCGGAUUCAACCGCACCCACGACAUCCCCGACCCGUCUGACGCGUCAAGCACGCUCUCUCGAGCCAAUAAUAUCUCUGCUGUUAACGCACAGAUCGCCUUCAUCGCCAUCUUCAUCUUCUUCUUCGCCUCCACCUGGGGUCCCGGCGCCUGGAUCGUCAUCGGCGAAAUCUUCCCACUGCCCAUCAGAUCUCGCGGCGUGGGUCUUUCUACGGCUUCUAACUGGUUAUGGAAUACCAUAAUAGCUGUGAUAACUCCCCAAAUGGUUGGAGAACACAAGGGAAACAUGAAAUCCUCCGUGUUUUUCGUGUGGGGCGGGUUGUGCGCCUGUGCGUUCGUGUACUCGUACUUCCUCGUGCCCGAAACCAAGGGCCUCUCUCUUGAGCAAGUCGACAAGAUGAUGGAGGAAAGCACGCCACGCACGUCUGCCAAGUGGAAGCCGACUAGCACGUUUGCUGGUGGCCAGCACGGAGCUGUCCUGGACAAGGGCACCGUCUAAAAGAUGUGCCUCAUCAGCAAUAAGAGCAUGACCAAUUUGCCAGGAAGGAGGGCUUUUCUUCUACUUUGUUCUGGCCUGGGUGACGGAGGGCGGUCUUGCGUCGGGUACCCGAACUGUAGCAACUGAACGAAUUAUACCGCAACGUCUCCUAGUAUAGCUCUCAACUGUCUAAUAUUGAUAUCAUAUACAACUUAUUUCAUCCCCAUCGUGUUCUAUCUCGAUUAUGGGCAACCAUCUGAGUUCAGGGAAGUGGCCGCGGCUGGGGACAUCUCAGGGGCUCUGGUGGUUCGUGCGUUUUAAGCUUCCUCUCACGUGGCAGAAGAGCCUCUACACUACGCGCGGCAAAACGCACGGACCGGAGGUAAAUUGGAUGGCAUUGUCAGGUGAUCUGCCAGUCCCCAC